AUGUCUGUGCGAAAUCCGCGCCUUCCUUUACUCCCAGGAUAUGGCACUAACCCAAUGAUAGGAAAAACGAGAUUCGGAGUUCGGCCAGUAUUUACAUCCAUCGAUAAAGUGAAUAUGUUGGUGGAUAAAGCGGAAGGAGUGAAUCGGGUGCCUUCUCUUUACUGUCGUAAGCAAGCGCCAGACUUACCAACCUGGAUAAUGUACGACAAAAAUAUCUUAAGGUUUCAAGCCUUUUUCCAACAAUCACUUCACGAAAUGCGAUCAGGAUCACAUAUACUUAGAAAAGUAGAAAUCUUUUUCUUCUUAGAAGAUGGUACAAUAAAAGUGAUGGAACCAAAAACAGAAAACAGCGGACUCUCUCAAGGCACCCUUAUAAGCCGCCAACGAAUUCGUCUACCAUUUAGCUACGAUAACUACUAUGAUGUACUGGAUUUGAAUAUCGGUCGCGAAGUGACGUUCUUCGGUAAAGUUUUUAAGCUUGUAAACUGUGACAACUUCACGAGGGUAUUUUUAAAUCGUUUGGGAAUAAAUGUUCCCGAUCCCAUACCUUGGCCAGAUGCAAUCAAGAGAGGGACAGACAGAGGGAAGCCCCCGAAACAUCGUCCAUUUCGUCAGUUUCUGGAUUUCGAUAGACAAGUUUUAAGGUUUCAUGGUUAUUGGGAUGACAGAGAUAGCGAGUUUGGUAUUAUGCAUCUUUUGGAGAUCCAUUACUUUUUGGCGGAUGACACGAUUGAAAUUAAGGAGGUCCUUCCUCCGAAUUCUGGAAUGGAAGCUGGACCUAUGUUCUUAAAGAGAAUGCGUCUUCCAAGAAAAAUCCCUUCACAUGUAGAAAUGACAGGUGGUCCCAAGUGUCCCUCGUACAGUCCCGCAGAUCUCAGCAUCGGAGCUGUUAUAAAUCUUUACGGUCGCAAGGUGGUACUCACGGACUGCGACCCCUUCACUAAAGAGUAUUACAGAGUCACGUAUGGUUUCGAUUCUUUUAAUCCUCUCCCAAUACCAAAAGACGAAGGCACUGAGUGUGUCAGCACAAGUGUGGCAGAACGACAACUUCCCCCGUGGAACGGAUACGGGAGCUACGACGACUCAGCUGAAAAUUGCCGCACCGUGGAACCCAAACCACCUCAUAGGGAUUUUAUUAAGUUCUUGAAUAAAGACCGUGUCGGGUUUGACUCCCACGUUCUACGUUUUGCCGCUCGCCUCAUAAGCGAUAACCCUGAGGAUAAGCUCCGAUAUUUCAUCAUUAAAUACUUCUUAUGUGAUGAUACUAUCGGAAUUUUUGAGCUUGGCGAACGUAACUCUGGAUUUAAGGGAGGUAAAUUCUUCCGUCGCGACAAAAUGUACCUGCCUGACGUGGAUUUCUUCGUUCCCAAAGAGCCUCCCGCCUACACCGAUAAGGAUAUGUGGGUGGGGAAUGAACUAAUUAUCAAUAAACACUGCUUUCGUCUCAUAGGAGCUGACGAAUACGCUUUGCGGUAUAUGGAAGUGAAUGAGAACGAGUAUCCUAUGGCUAACUUAGCCCUAAUUAUGGAUAAAAUUCGUCGUACUCUAGCAACUCAAGAAAAUGGCUACAAAAAUUUUGUAGCAAAAUAUAUGGAUGCCGCGGUACCCGACAACAGAGAGCUCAUGUCUGUCAGGUGCUUCAAACAAGCUCUCAAAGAAGUUAUGUGUGAAAGAAUGACGGAACACGAAUUUAUUACAUUAAUACGCCACUUCCGGGGAGAUCCCGGUAAAGAGAAGAGCCCUCGGCGUGAAAUGAUCAGGUCCUUGGUGUUUUCGGACCUAACGCGUGGUCUCUGGGACGAAAGGGUCAAACUAAGAGAAGCUCUGCUGCACGCUGAUGCAAACGGUUUGGGAGUAUUAUCAGUGCCACGGAUGAGGCAACUCCUCCGAGCCAACCGGUUGCCGAUCAAUACUGAUCUCAUGGACUGCAUGCUGCAAGUGCUGAAUAAGGAUUCCGACUGUAAUAUAGUGUAUGAAGAUUUGUUGUCAUUCCUCGAUUUUCAAACUCGUCCCGUGUACAACCUUACUGAGGGAGAUUAUCAAAAAGUUGUGAGACACGCUCCACCGCUUAAAGAUACCGAAUGUAAGCUUUGGGCUGAAACAGAAACAAUUAUUCAGGAAGGUUUUGUUAAUUGGAACGCUUUUCUUUGCCAACUAAACCUUGAAAACCUCGUCAAGGAACAAACUCAGUGA